UGACAGGAUGAAAUGAAUGAGCAAACUUCAUUUAGAAGCUCAUUUAAAUACAGGAUCAGUUCAUUUGCAUAUUGCUCAGAUGCUUCAGUGCUCUGAGAGUGUUUAUAGUGCUGUGAGUUUAACACUUCAUCACUGACACACACAACAAUCUUCAUCAACAUGACCUUCAUCAUCAUCUUCAUCUGGACUCUCACAGCGUUUGCUCAAGAGAGUAGAGGACAGAUCAGCGUCACUCAGAGUCCCUCAACAGCAGCUCAACCAGGAGAAACAGUGAAGAUCAGCUGCAAAACCAGCAAGGAUGUGUAUGGUGGUGAUCAUUUAUCCUGGUACUUACAGAAACCCGGAGAAGCUCCUAAACUCCUGAUUUAUUGGACUGACAGCCUUGUGUCAGGAACUCCAUCUAGAUUCAGUGGCAGUGGAUCUAACAGUGAUUUCACUCUGACCAUCAGUGGAGUCCAGACUGAAGAUGCUGGACAUUAUUACUGUCAGAGUGUACAUGAAAUCAACAGUAACUUUGUGUUCACACACUUCAUCAACAUGACCUUCAUCAUCAUCUUCAUCUGGACUCUCACAGCGUUUGCUCAAGAGAGUAGAGGACAGAUCAGCGUCACUCAGAGUCCCUCAACAGCAGCUCAACCAGGAGAAACAGUGAAGAUCAGCUGCAAAACCAGCACUGAUGUGUUCAGAUAUAGUGGGGAUGACCGUUUAGCCUGGUACUUACAGAAACCUGGAGAAGCUCCUAAACUUCUGAUUUAUUUAUCAAAUAUUCUCCAGUCAGGAACUCCAUCUAGAUUCAGUGGCAGUGGAUCUAACAGUGAUUUCACUCUGACCAUCAGUGGAGUCCAGACUGAAGAUGCUGGACAUUAUUACUGUCAGAGUUUUCACUGCAGUACAACUUUUGGCUAUUGUACGGGUGAUCGUGUCUUCACACAGUGAUAAAGCGUGGUACAA